AUGUGCUUUUGGCCACCUUUUCAACAUGAUGCUCGCAUCGAUAGGGCAUGCAGGAAAAAGGAGCUUCCCGGAGACGACUGGCUUAAAUUUGAUAUACGCAUCCUGAAAACAUGUGACCAGUACCUUGAAGUCAGGCAAACUUUGCAGAGGGCACUGACCUGCUCCACAUCUGACCUUCAGUCAGACGAGGAGCAUGCUGGACCAAGAAAGAGGAAGCGUAAAACAAAUCACUUUUAUGGAGACAGUGGCUCAGAGAGCUCUGAGCCAGAGCCAAGAAAAGAGAAAAGAAAAGCUCCAUUUAUUCCACCACCACCACCACCACCAACAACACAAGCAAUGGCCAAAGAACACACUCCUACUUCCCCUUUGAAUUUGACCUUUUUAAAAGCUACACAGAUCCAAAUACUGGGCCUUCUUGAAGCGAUAAAGCUCCAGCAAGAGCAAUUAAUGCUGAAAGUGAAUUAUUUGCAAAGCAAAGUGUGUGCAACUCCAUCACAAUUCGAAGUGAACUUCCCAGAGGCAGUAACAUUUCCACUCAACACAUUAGAGGAUGUGGAAAGGAUGGAGGCAUGGAUUAGAGGCACCAACAUGGAACUGAAGCAGCAAGUGAUCAAAAAGCUUUCAGCAAUCGGUGGGCAAGACCACAAAAAAGUCACGUGGAAUAUCCUGGCCUGCAUUUUCAACGACAGCUGUGCCCAGAAAAUCAGCUGGUAA